AUGGUUAUCUCCUGCGUUGAAAGGAAAGGAAAACGUGAAAAGCUUGACAGUUACGCAUUACGUAGACCAAUGGAAAUAAAAGCCAACAUUAACAAUCCUGAAUAUGAUGAUCGAUAUAGCAUAAAGUCUGUUAUUAGUUGUAUUAUUGCUGGAGUGCAAGCCAUAUCAACAACAGUUGAUUUCUGCAUGCGACUGGUCAACAUUAAUUCUGCUCAUACUCUGAAUAUCACAGUCAUGUUUACAAGUUGGAUACUGUUUUGCCACGUUAUCCUUACUUUAUUGGCACCAGUGUAUUAUAAAAGGUCCGGUGUGUAUCCACCAGUUAUAGAUUUAGCAAAAUACUGUACCAUUGACGAAAAGGCAGUUACGAAAACAAGGGUCACUAUCGCAAACUUCAUUCUCUAUCGUAGUCGCAAGCUAUGA